AUGUCGUCCCAGCCAAAUACUGGCAAGGCGGGCGUCAUCAAAGGUGGCAGUUCUACUCUAGGCAAGCUUGCAAAUUCAGUCCUCGACGACUUAUUAUACAACAUCUGCCAUGAUUUAUUACUCAAGGUGCACCGGGACGAGAAGAUCGCCCGUGCCUCGACUGCCGCCAUCCGUGUCGAGAAGCUCGCUGCUGACACUUCCGACACCUCACAGCCUGAUGUCCGCCCCGACCUAAGAGUCGAGACAGACGCCGCCAUCUACGACGACGGCAAGGUUCUGCUCAAGGGAAACCCGCUCGCCACAACCAAGGAUAUCCUGUGCCCGAGAUGCCACCUGCCACGUCUGCUAUAUCCUACCGAGGGAAAAGGCGCAAGGAAACCCGACCCGAGCAUAAUAUACUGCAAGAAGCACCCGUAUAUUGACAAACCGGGAUUCGACAUCUAUGGUCAGACCUGGGUGCCCCAGGGUCCAGGCAGAGGCAAGAAGAAGAAGGAUAUGGAAAAGAAGAUCGAGACGACCCCACAGGACACACCAGGCGGUACACCGGGACCUGACGAAAGCGGUGGCAAGGGCGGCGCCGCAUCGAGGCCUCCGAACGUCUUGUCCUUUCCUUCGGCCACCUGCAGUAAAUGCAAGCGUUGCAUCCUCGUAACACGACUCAACAACCACAUGGGCUCUUGUAUCGGCAACAGCGGCAGAAAUGCCAGUCGCGCAGCGGCACAAAAGAUCAGCAACGGUGCCAACGGACACAGUGGAAGUCAGAAUGACAACACCCCACCCAAUAGCCAAAAGGGAACGCCGGGCCCUGGCUCGAGAGCAAGCAGCCCCAAGAAACGAGCUAGCGAGGAAGUCAAUAGCGACGAUGACUCGGAGAACGACGCUGCCCCCAAGAAGAAGAAAAUGAAGCCAGCCAGUGUUGUUAAUCCACCGAAGAAGGUGAUUCUCAAGACAAAGGGCAGUGCUACAGGUCCAAAGAAGGAGAAAGUCAAGACCAACUCUCUCUUGAGUGUGGAGCAGAAAGUAGAUGAUGAUGAUGCCGAUGGCUCAACUGUCGAAGUCGCACCCAAGAAGAACAUAUCCAAGCAAGCCAGCCCGGCAAAGAAGCUGAAACUUGGUGUUUCAAAGCCAUUGCUGACGUCGCCAGCAACCAAGAAUGGCAAGAUAACCAAUAGAACCUCAAAUGGCGGCGGCGGCGGCGAUGAUGCUGGCAGUGAAAGCUCAGGAACGCUAUCAUCUCCACCAAACGUUUAA